GCUUGUUCCUAAUGUGGUAGCGCGAAGGACGAACGCGUCAGAGUUUGAAUGCCGGAGGUAGGGUGAAGGGGGACUGCUGUCUUGAGAAUAGCGAGGCCACGCUCACGUCGUCCUCCCGAGUCUGAGAUGUCUAUUCGGCUGCGCACAUAUCGACCAGUAACCUUGGAAUGGACGGAAUAGACGGCGAAGGAAACUGCAGGACCACUGCCGUGGGCGGCUCAGUGGAGAGUCCCGGCAUUUCAGACCUGUCGCUGGCAGCCAGCGCUGCCGUUACGCGCAACAAAGAUGGCGAGGAGACCGCGUACGAGGCGCCGUUGUCCCGUGCAGCUGUCGCAGAAGGGCGUGCACUCGGGGAGCUGGAGCAGGAUCCCAGCAGAGGUCACCAGAAGAUGUUUGUGAAUCCCGCAGAAGAAAAUUUCCACAUUCCGAGGAAGAACAAAGAAAAAAAAGCGUUGUUCCAGUACCUGUCCCCGGACUCGAGGGAGUUUGAGGAUAUCUUAAAGAUUCUUUCCAGCUCUUACCUGCAGUCCUCUUCAGCUGGUACCUUUGUCUAUGCUAAGGCUCAGCUUGUCCACAGUGAUCUGCUGGUAAACAAUUUUGUGGAAAAGAGGAAGGAGUUGAAGCAGAAUGGCCGGACAGACAGUCAGCUUUUGGAAUCCUACAGCUUCCUGCUGUCGGACUGCUAUAAGCUUCAGGAGGUGUGUGAGAAAGGCCUGUCAGUGGGGCACACGCGGAACAUCACCUUGGGAGACCCAGCUAAAGGUGUUUACCUGUCCAGAUAUUCAGAUCUGCUGCAAAUCAAUCCUUUUGAUGUUGGUGCAACUGGGGAGAUUAUUAUUUUUAAAGUACUCAAGGGAAAAGUGAAGACUGUCACCGUGUCCAAAAAUAUCUGCGAUCCCACGCCCAAUUUUGACUGCCACGUGUCAAAGAAUUCCUGCAAAGUGACAUCCUACUUGUCCUAUAGAGCAUUUGAGCUCACUCAGCAAUACUUCUAUGAGUACCAGUUUGAUGAGAUCCGGACGAGACCCAGGCAGGUGUGCCCGUUUGCCAUAGUAUCCUUCAUUUACCAGGGUAACGCGGCCCUGCCAGCCCCAAAGCCUACGCCCCCCCUCAGGUUAAACAGUGGAAGCUCUGAAGGAAGUAAAGCAGGAAUUCGAGGCUACACUGUGUGGAGUGGGCAGCUACUGAACCAGGGAAGGGUGGUGUACCAUGCCUCCAUCCGCUCCUCCACCCACUUCUUCCUCCCACUCAAGCUCCCAGAAAAACUUGAAAUAGGGACAUCGAUGAGACUAGAGGAUGUAAAGAAGACUAUCCCAGCUGCUGCGUUUUCCUGGGAGGCCUACAGGCAGACUGGCGAAUAUACACAGGAUGGGCUGCACUGUAAUCUGUUUGUGUUGGAGGACAGCAGCAAACAGGAGAAUGGAUUUUCCAGCCUACUAACAAUGUUGGAAAAAGGGAGAAUGGUGCUGGUUCAACCGUUGGUCGAUAAAGGUUUCCUCUUCCUACUGUCGUCGGCUCAGAUGGUCGGCUCCUUCGAUGUAGGAAAUGGGUGGGUGUGGUCCCUUCAUGCGCUCUUCGUGUUCCGGGAGCCAAGAGGAGUGAAGAACCUCUUAUCCAAGCGGCCUGCACCCAGUGAAUCCGUGAGGUGUGAAUCCCACAACCUCAUGCCUAUGUUGAAGAAUUUCCUUCCUGCAUUGCACUUUGCCCUGCUAAGUCUGCGGUCCAGGCCACAGGCGGACCUUGGGUCAGAAGUAGAACGACAGGCUCAGGCCUACUUGCUCGGGUGUUUCAACCGUACACAUCGGCGCUACGGGCUGCCCAAGUACAAGCACAGCUACGACGAGCUGAAUGAAGUUAACUCCAGUCGCAAACAGAAACACAACUUUCAGGGCUACCUGCGUUCCUACCUCUACUGCCCCAAGGUCUAUCAACUGGCCGUGGCAGUCGCCAAAGAAAUGGUUGAGUCCCUGUGGUGCCCUGCGGCUUGUAAUCCUGUGUCAGACCUGAAGGGUGCGGACGGCAAAUCCAUUGAUGGGAAAUGCCAAGAGGCUCAGGUCUCUUUGGGGGAAAGUGACCCAGGCAAGGUAGCGGAAUUGUUGGAGCUGAUUCGGCUACAGAGGAGAAACCAGGGAGAGGACAUGGGCAACCGGAAAAGGAAAGCAGACAGUGAGGUUGCUGGACUAGUGAAGAAGUAUCUACGCUUGGGUGAAUCCAGAAAAGGCAGAGGAGAUGCAGAGAGCGAGAAUCCUGAAUCUCUCCUGGCGGCCUUGAACCUCACGGGGAUUUGUGAUACAGAUCUGAGGCAGCGGCAGGACCAGAGCAGCUCUGCCACCAGCACCCAGACGCUGUUAGAGAUGCUGCUGGGCACCCUGCAGAAAGCUUUGGUUCCAGGCCAGGAGGGUCACAAACAUGAAUCCCGUGCCAGUCUGGAGGGCAGCACAGAGGUUCUGUCGCCAGCCGAGGUGGACGUAUGCAGUACCGUCCAACAGAUUAGCUUGCCUGAUUGCUACGACAUUGACCCACAAAUGCGAACUGCAGCACCUGACCAGGAAGAUACAGGAAGAAUUAACAGCCUAGAGGAAGAAGCUUGUGAUAGCGUGAGCAGCAUCGACGCUUUCAGCCCCUGCUCUAGCAGUGAGGUGCAGCCUUGCCCUGACCAGCAUGAGGAGUUUGUGAGGCCCUGGAGGCUCAUUCCUUUCACAGGUAUUAAGCCGUGCAAAUACUCUGCCAGAGAGGAGGAUGAUCCCUUUGAUCCGCGCUUUACAGAUUUCUUCAGUAUGUCCCAUGAACCUCCUCUGGAGGCCAGUCGUGAUACUGAGCUGGAGGGCCCUUCUAACAUGGAGACGGAUCAUCCGGUCAUGAGCGAUGACACGAGCAGAAAUGAGGACCGCAAGCUAAAAGACCGCAUUCCUGCUGAGCAGCUGAAAGAUGUAGACAGUGGGAACCUUGAGAGAAUAGAGGACGAGAUGCCAGAAGAUUUGGGUGGUGCCUUCAACCAAAGCUCCAGUGGGGUAGACUGUAUUCUCAGUAAAGAGAUUAGCAGCUUUUAUGGAGAGAUGCAGGACAUUUUGAGGGGAGAGCAUGCACACUGCAGCUUUAAGAUGCAAGCUUGGGAUCCACAGAACCAUCACUGGCAAUCGGCAACUGUUUUUUCUGAAUACGUAACACACCAUACACAGUCUGUUCCCAUAGACGGCUACGUCAGUACAUUACGGGAGAGAAUGCGACAUCUUAUAUGUCUGUCUGCUUUCGAAGGCAAGGCAUCAAUUUCUACCCCACCCCGAUCUUCAGUCCAUGACCUGAUCCUUUCUAGACGCAGCCCCACUCCUUUGCCUGUCUUCUCCCACGAUACUACUCUUACAUCUAGGCAAGAGUGCCCUCUUCAGGAGAGCCAACUUCAUAACGCCUUACCUCAACAAGCCAUUGACAAACGAGUGUAUCCACAACCCCGGGUAACGCAGAACAUUUGUGGUUCUCCCUCUGUCACGGGUGGUGUAAGCCACACCUCAAUGGCCACUGCCGCCUCUGGCCUAGGAGUCACGCCCUGUUCCAGGUCCAUCAAUAGUGUGAUUAGCCAGAUGAGGCCUGAGUUCUUCAGCAGCCUGAUGGAGAUCAUAAGAGACGUUCAGAAGAACACAGUGAAGUUCUACGUGCAUUCCUUAGAGGAGAACAGCAUGUGCAGUGAAAUCAAGAGUUAUUUGAUCCAACUUGGGAAUGCAGAGUGUAAACCUCAAUACUUUCUGGAGAGGAAGGAUGUGCAGGAAAAGCUGCUUAUCAUCAUCCAGAACAAAGACAUUGCAGCUCAUAUACACACGAUCCCUGCGUUGUUGUCUCUGAAGGAACUUCCUUCUGUGAGCUUUGGUGGAGUGGACAGUCUGGAAGAUGUGAAAAACCGUACCUACAACGAGCUGUUUGUCUCUGGGGGUUUUAUCGUGUCGGAUGAGUUCGUCCUCAAUCCAGACUUCAUUGGCCACAAUAGGCUGGAGUGUUUCAUGAAGUUUUUGGAGGGGAACUGUUCUACAGACAUUAAGUGGUGCUGGAAGAUCCACUGUAAAACCCAGAAAAAGCUGAAGGAGCUGGCCAGGGUGAACCGUAACGCUUUGGAGCUGCUGAACCUGCUGUCCACCUACCAGAAGAGGCACGUGGUGGAGUUCCUCCCAUACCACGAGUGCGACUCCGCGGGCCGACAUGCCCCUGACCUCGAGUGCCUGAUCAGACUGCAGGCCCAGUACACGCAGUACCGACACGCCAUCUUCCUCACGGCAGAAAGACGGCUGGAUCUGUCUCCCCACUAUUCUGACCACGGCAUCAUGAUCGCCAGCAUGACUGACUUCAUGGACUGCUUACCUUGGCUAAUAGAUUCCAGUGUAGACUGCAAUCCUCUAACUCCGUGCGCAGAUGGUGGGAGAAAUGUCAUGGAGGGCAUGCCCUUAGAAUCAGAAGAGGUCUCCUUGGGUACUGGACGACUCGCUGGCCCAAUUCCUGACGAAAAGACCGAGCUCAUACAUGCACCAUCCCAAAUGGACCAUUUUCAACUGCCCUACCCUGACCUGGAGGCUCCGGAAACUGACCCACCUAAUCGGUUUCUGGUUCUGAAGGAGGCCAUCUGUCAGCGCAGAGACUUGGCAUUACCCAGCCGUUUACGGCAGGAAGUGGACGGCAACAUGGCCGCACCUCUAGGCACCGACACCGAGCUCUACCAAAACUUUGUCCACUCAGCAUCGCCAUGGUCCGAUAGGGCCACUCCUACCUCGAUAUCUCCUCGUAGUGUUUCACAGCACGGCUUUUCUGGCUUGAUCUGUGGCACCGCUGCAAGUCCCAACACGUGGCGUCUCAACAUUCAGGACCAAAAGGAAAGGUCUGGUUGUGGUAGCCUGUUUCCCAGGCCUGCCAACCACAGUGUGACCGUAACUGCAUUGCUGGGCGGAGCCGGGAUCCAGGGGGCCAGGUUGCCUCCUGCUGCGUCCGAAAUGGACGACAUGCAUUGCAGAAGCAAAAGCGUCACUGUCUAUGAUUGGAGCCUCCGGCCAGUCGACCGAACUAGACUGCAGAGAUACUUGGAGAUCAAUCGCAACGGAUUUUCCUCGACCUAAGGGUACGAGGGGGUGGUCAUAAUGGUCUUUCAUGGCCAUAUGGGGGCUUUUAGGAAGAGCCUGCUUUUUAAUAUGGCCGCUUGUUAUAUUGUUCAUACAGAGAUGUUGAAUUUCUUCAAACCACUAUAUUUGUAUCUUGCUACCGCCACUGUUUGUACAGGCUACAGUAUCAGUGCUUUGUUUUUUUUGUACAUUUUUUGUUUUUGCAUUUGUCAGUGUUUUCAUUGAAGCUUCUUUUGUUGGAGUGUUUUUGUAAAAAAAAAAAAAAUACAAUUUUAAUAAAUCUGUCAACAAA